AUCAUAUCACUCUGCAAACACAUUUCCUUAAGACAUGUCAUUUAAUUUACAGCCUGGAUUUAAGUCUUUGCGCCAAAACUCUGGGAACAUGAUAAAGACUUGUUAUCACAGCAUGUAUCACAGCUGAGACCAGAGAAUGACAAAUACAUCAGAUUUAGAGCACUUUAAUUCAGAGACAGGACCGAUAUGAAAGAGUGAUACUCCUGUGCACUACAGGAAAUUAAUGCCACCACACAACAUAAAGGCAUUUUGUCAGGCAUACGUAAGCUGUCUGGUAUCCUCUAGUUCAUAAGAUUAGAGGGUUUUUUGUAUGUGUGAGUAAAAUACAAAUUUUCCUCUUAAUUCUUAACCUUGGAGACAGAAGAUGACAAAAUAAUCUUAACAAAUAUCCAUUUAGAAGUUGUUCUGAUGCUUUCCGUUGAUGGAGUUUGUCCAGUUGUCAUGGAAUUGCAGAUGUUCAAAUUUCCAUUAUUUCUGAGCUUUUAAAGGACUUUUUGUGCAUGUUGGCUUAAAAAUAAACCAUAAAAUGAAUGAAUUUCUUCCUUAACUGCUGUUUCCACAGUCAAGAAUAAACUAUUAAGCUAACUUUUAAAGUUGACACAGACAGAAGGUCCUUCAAGUACCCAGAAAACUGGAAAUUUGAGCAUCAAUGACAGAGGAUUAUUAUUACGUGAUAUGAUUGGAAGCUCCAGAACAUCUAGGUAAUGGACUUUGUGGUUAGAUUAUUGUGUCAAUCUGCUUUAAGAAAACCCUUUUUUUCCCCUUUUGAUUAGAAUAAAAUGUACACAUGCAAUCCAGCAACAUAAAUAGCAGAUAAAACAAUUAAAAUGAACAGAAUACCCCGUUCACAUUGCUUUGAUUUGAAAGACCAGACCACUGAAACUCGAGACAUGUCAAAUCCUCUACCAGGUAACAGAGCACACAAAGUCCUUCAGGUGCCUUUGACUCGUGACGUCAAUCAAGGAGCCAAUUUUAGAAGUCGUGAAUCAAAUGUGUUCAUCUCCAGUGACAAAUCUCCCGCUCCUGUCUGCCAGCUCUGUCCAACACGACCACGCUGCAUCAUCUCACUGUCAGCAGUGAUUUACUUUAACUUCUCUGUCUGUGUCACAAAAUACAAGGUUUGGAAGGCCACGCGUCUCCACAUUUUCCAAAAUGCACGAGACGGCUUUCAUCAUUACCACCUCUCCCCCUUUCAGUCCUACUGCACACACUGAAUUACACCAUUAAUCUGAAUUAUUCCCUUUUGGUCCUUGCUUUUCUGUCUAAUUCAAUGUGCUGAGGUGAAUUUGAGCGGCUGAACUCUGAUGUAUUUUAUGAUCACAUUCCUGCUAUAGACCAUAAAUUGUGCCAGUCGUAUGAUGCACGUACAGGGUUUUGGCACAUAAAUAGCUUUUAUGAUGGCAGUAAUUAAAUAUAGCAAACUGCUAGCGGUAGCGAUUGCCUCACUCACAUCGUGUUGCCAGUUUCUCCGAUGGGGUGAUUGCGGCUCCAUGAUGAUGUUUACAUUAGUUUAGCAUCUACAAAUGGUUUGUGACUGAAAGCCUGAGAGAUAACACAGUCCAAAUAUGGCUUCAUGGAUGAGUGAGGCAAAUUAGGAGAGCAGGCAGAGGAGAGACAGACGGAGAAAAACAGGAUGGACGGCACACAGGUGAAAAGGUUAGAUGGGGAGACAAGAUGAUAAUGACACAGGGGAGGGUGGAGGGUGAUGGGGUCAUCGCUGUCAGCCCAUCUGUUGUUGUUGACCUGAAGUUUAAUUGACUGAGUACAAACUCUGUGGAUUUUACCGACUUUUUGUCUCUGAAAAACAGUUUGGCUGUGCAAACAACAUUUACCUGACAUUACUCUGAUGUAGCAGUUUUCUAUCAUAUGUAUUAGUCCAUCUCUCAGGAUCCUUUAACAAUCCUACUACUCAUAAAUGCAUUUGUUGCCACUGUAACAUUUAAAUCUCUUUAAACAGGUCACAAAAAUAUAGUUUCAGUUUUAAAAAAGGUUCUUUAAUUUCUUUUUAACAAACAUCACUGAAACAGGAGGACAUAAUGCAUUUGUUCGGGACUAUUUUCAGCUGCGGAUUAAUCCACAUUUGAUGCACUAGUAAGUAUUUAGGACAGCAGGAUGGUGUGUGUGUGAGACUGAGUCAAAGUAAACUACAGUCUGUGUGUUCACGGUAAUGAAGGAAAAUGUCAGCCAGUGCAACAGUGUGGUUCACUGAUGUGUUUUUAAUAGUUAAUGGACAAAAUUGGAGCUCCGCGCACAGAGGAAUAAGAUAUAUCAAGCUUUGCUCUUGGUCUUUUCAUGGGAUUUGUUGGCAUUAAGAAAAGUAUAGAAUAUCACCAGACUCAUCCACAUAAUUAUUGGUUUUCCUUGCUUUCCUGGUUGAAUCACAGACUUAAAGUGCUGAAAACAUUACUCUGUCUCUACCGUAUUCUCUAGGGGAAGCGCCAAGGUCAUGAUCAACUGGUCCAAUGUGACGGAGUCCGGCCACCAGGAGCUGGACCUGAAACCAGAGGAGCUGCAGAAGUCCAAAUGUGUGCUGGGCUUCAUCCCUGUCAUCUACUACAGCAUUCUGCUCUGUGUGGGAGUACCAGUGAACAUUCUCACAGCAGUGGCCUUGUCCAGACUGGCAUGCCGCACCAAGAAAGCUCUGUACUACUACCUUCUGGCAGUGACAGGCUCAGACAUUUUGUCCCAACUCUUCAUCAUCUUCGUUGGCUUCUUGCUGGAGACGGCGGUUUUCCAUCGCGAUGUCCCUGCACUCCUGCUGCACUCUGUCAGUGCUGCAGAGUUUGCCGCCAACCACGCCUCCAUUUGGUCCACUGUCCCCCUCACCGUGGACCGCUACGUGGCGCUGUGCCACCCCCUCCUCCACCGCCAGAUCAGCUACCCAGCACGGGCCAGGAAGAUCAUUGCGGUGGUCCUGGCUUUAUCGCUCGCAUCGGGCGUGCCCUUCUUCUGGUGGUCGGACAUGUGGCGGAACAGCAAUCCGCCCACGGCGCUGGACACCGUCCUCAUAUGGACACAUGUGACUAUCAUCUACUUCCUGCCCUGCAGCAUCUUCUUGGUGCUCAACUCUUUGAUAAUCCAAACUCUGAGGGUGAGGCAGAAGCAGCAGCGUUGCCAGGAGGAGCGGGGGCCAAAAUCGGCGCCCCCACGGCGACUUGGGAAAACCACGGCCAUGCUGCUGGCCAUCACCUCUGUGUUCUCUGUGCUGUGGGCCCCCAGAACCAUCGUGGUCAUCUACCACCUGUACGUGUCCUCAGUUCACAGAGACUGGCGCGUCCACUUGGCCUAUGACCUGUCCAACAUGCUGGCCAUGCUCAACACAGCCGUCAAUUUCUUCCUGUACUGCUUCGUCAGUAAGCCUUUCCGUUCCGCGGUGCGGGACGUCGUGCUGCUCAGGGGGGGCCCGCUGUACCCCCACCGUGCUCUGCCGCAACAGCAGGCCCCUACUAAUGCCUCUGUCUCCUCUCUGUACAGUGGGAACAACAAGCGGUCGCAGAGGGACUCCACCCCCCUGUCACCUCACAGGGCCAGAAAGCCCUCAUGACCCUGUGCCCCCUCCUCUUAAUCCAAAACACCCAUCAUCCCACGGUCCCCGAGCAGCUCUGACCCCAGGGACACACUGUGUGUUCCAGCCACGGCCGUGGACAGUUGCCAGUCAGCCCCGCAGCUCUCUCAAAGACCCUGAAAUGAACUCAACUAACAAGAAGAAUGUUUUUUGUAUUGUGUCACCGGGUGUUGUUUGUCCAUGUAAAUCAGAUAAGAUGACAACAUAUUUAUUUUUCUUCAGAAGAAUUUGACAAAACAAAAAGUAGGUUUUUGGUAGUUUUUUCUUUUCCAUACAUGGUAGUAAAGUGACAGAAUAUUUUUAUAUUAAUAUGAGAAAAAAAAAGAAUAACAGUUUGUUUUCUCUGUGAUUAAAUCAGUAGUUAUAGGUCUGUAGGGAAAAAGUCAGCAAAAUUCAGCAAUUAUUUUGAAAAGCUGCUAGGUGUAAAGCCACUUCUAUCAUGUCAAGUGGUAUUCAGUUUGCUUGAGUCUGUUUUAAAUACUCUGCUAUGAUAUCCACUCUGUCAGGGGGGAGAAAAAAGAGUUUUAGUUUCAACUGGCUGCAACUUCUGCAGUUGUGUAAGGAUGCUGAAUGCCCAAAAGACAAUCUGCCCUGCUGAGCACAGCCAAUCGAGCAAAGAAAUCGUAUUCCGUCUCUACAGCUCGCUCCGAGGCACAAAAACCACAGCUGCUAAGGCGAGUGUUUAUUUUUCAUGAAAUGCAACUCGAUGGAGCCUUAAAUGAAAGCUUGCUGUUUAAGCGACGGGAGUGAAGACCCCGCUCUUCAAACAGACCCUCCGCUGCAUCACCAACAGGGCCUCAGCUCUGGCUAAACAAACCACAGAUUAGCCUGAUGGUCCACACAAACACACGCACACACACACAAACUCACAUGAAGGCAACACGCUGUCAUGCAUGUACAAACACGUGCACACACACACACACACACACACACAAACGUCAGCCGGUACAUUUCCAUUUGUUACAACAGGAAUUUGAUGUUACAUCAUUGCAAUCUGAGGAAACAUUAACUGUAUCAGUUGUGUCAGUGUUGCAUGUAGUGAAAAAGAAGACGUCUGCACUUAACCUUUAACUGCCAAUUUGCAUACAUGAUUUUGAAUUUUGAAUGAGUCAUCAGAAAAACAUUAGUUACGCCGUCAGUUUGAUUUGUCAAACUGACACUAAUGUGUUCUGUUAAAUGAUUCCUAAUGGAUCCCGGCUAGAUUUCAAGAAUGACUUGUUUCUGCACUCUGACAAAUGUCCUGACAUUAAUUCCUGAUUUUUAACUUAACUCGAUGCAGACACAUUUAAAGCUAGUUUAGACGAGGAGCUGGUUGUAAAAGCUAUAUAUAAUUUCAGUUUCACACACUAUGGAGUCCCUGCUAAGACAUGAACAGAUAUGUAAAUUGUUGGAUUUGUCAUUUUUUAAAUGUCAGUCUGGUGUUACAUGAACCCAUGCUUUAUGUUCAAAUUCCAUCCAGUUUUGAAGCUUGUGUGGAGGAGAGUAACAGGCGUAGGUUCUCUUUCUUUUCAUGCUCUGAGAAAAUGUGUUUUAUUUCAUCAAACUUAAUCUUUCUCUCUAAACUUAUUUUACUUUUUUAACAUGUUGGAAGACGAGUAACACUUACUCCUACUUGAACUUUUGGUGACAUUAGAUAAUGAACAUUCAUAAUCUGCGUCUGCAGGUCAAUUAGGAUCAAGAAACUCUCAUGAAAUAGAAACUACACCUACUAUUGUUUUUAAUCAUGUCUGUUCUAUGGUGUACUGUCCAGCACAACAGAACAGAACAGGCAGUUGCUAAAUAUUAUGAAAACAUCUGUAGGACUCAACAACUGCAACACUGGCAAAAAAAAAAAAAAGAAAAAAAUGUUCAGGCUAGAUGAAUUAAUAUUUUGGAUCUAAUGAUGAACUUGAAAGGUAUCCCUCACUGUGACAAAUUAUCACCCAACUCUGCAGCUCUAGGGAGCUGUUAGCCUUAUGGUGCAGGCAGGUGUUCUCAGCUAACAAGGAAGUAAGUUAGAGACUAGCUUGUGAAAAUAAUGGAAUGUUGAGCAGCUUAAGAGCCUGCCAAUUUUUGAGUGAAGACUCAUGAGGUGGACACUAACAUGGUUCCAAAUGAGAAGAAUGUUGCUCUGUGUCUGCUAGCUUCACUUAUCUGCUAACAUGUCAAAGCUGUUUGUCUGUUAGUUUGAUUUAUAGAUCUUCUGCCCUGAUUGUCCAAAAAAAAAAGAAAGAAAAAAAGCAGAAAUGAAUGCAGCUUUAAUAUUUACCUCAAAGCUUUCCAACUUAACUCUGAUAUCUUUCAGUCUCAAGUUCAGUUUGUACUGUGUAUACACCUCCUUCCUGAAGUUUAGAUCAUUCCUCCAUUUAUUUCUCUGACCACCCAUUCAGGGUUAAAGUUUCCAAAGCAAGCCACCUGCCUGCUCCCAUCCCUCCACAGUCCUCAUUGUGUUUACUGUAACUGUAAGAGACACAGUGUUAGUUCCCCCGCGUGUCCCCAUGUCAAUCUGCUCACGUCGCCCCGCAGUCGUCCCACACUGAGUUCUGAGAGUCUAUACGCAGAUGUAGAUAUGAACCCCUUCUUUGAAGAUGUCUCCUGCUGCCUGACAAUAACAGUGGGGUGUGAGAGGGAGCGUGUAAUGGCGGCGACCUUACACUGGCGAGGACAGUAGGGCUCAGGGAGAUGACUGAACAAACAGUUAAGACCAUAAUAUGAUACUAAGAAGCCAGAGCAGGCUUUGAUUAAACUUUAAUGGAGCUGUGCCGGAGCUUUCACACUUCUCCAGAGCUGUUAGGGAGGAGAGGGCGAGGACAUUAAAGAGCAGGUAAACCCUGCUAGCCACACGUCCCCUGUCUGCCCGCCAUCUGUCCUUUGUGCCUGUUCAAACACCUGGUCAUGUCCCCGGACUCUGCUCCUAUUCAGCCCUGCCUGCUGCUCAGCAGGUGUCAGAAGGAAUCAGUUGAAAAGACAAAGCACCAACAGAGAGUGACAAGUGCGUCCUAUCUGAUGCACUUGUCUAAAUAUAGGAAGCUCAUAGUUUCUGGACAGUUAAGGGUGCUCCAAACAUAUUCUGGAAAUUAUCCUCCACAGAAAAGCGAAAGCAUCAGUCGAUUGGCUCAAACAGUUUAAAACAACACACAUUUCCUGGCAUUUCAUGUAAAUAAUGACUCAACUAAAAAAAGCAAAAGUUCUUUGUUCAGUUUACGACGUAUGUUUCCAGUCAGUAACAAUGAUGAAGCAGUGUGACAUUCUUCUAACCUCAUGUCUUAGGGGUGAGGGUACAAAGUUACCACAUCAGCUUCCAGCCCUCCAUCCUAAACAUUACAUUGAUGAAAAAUAGAAAUUUGAACUAUUUCACUACAACUGGGCAACCUCACCUUCUGAUGUAGACUCUGUGGCAUAAUUAGAAAAAUUGGCAAAUUAGAAAAUUGAGAACGGCUACAAAUGCUAAGGGCUAGAUUCACUAUGACAAUAAAAACUUUCAUCAUGCUGUAGCUGCCGUGACAGCAUAUGACAGAAAUAUGUCAAAUAUGUUGACAGUGAAUGUUUAGCUGAUGUACCUAGCUAGAAUAUUUUGGGAUUUUGCAGAUUUUUGAUAAAAAUCCAGGUAGCAUUCUCUCAAAAUGUAUUGGCUUUUGCAAAUUAGUAGAAUAUGAAUAAUAUUUAGGAGACAGGGUUGUUGGGAACAUCCUCACAGUGGUUAUUUGGGGUAAUGCACUGAUUUGUCGUUCAGGUGAGGACCUGUUAUGGUAUCCAGCCUUGUAUGUACAGUAUUUGGGGAUUUAGUUGUUCCUCGAAGCAAUGAAAAAUUAAAACUUAAACAGCAACGAGUCAGAAACAAUGUCCUGGUUACUCUGGAUAGUCCACAGAGAACAGCUUUCACUGGAAAUGUACUGUAUAUAUUUUUAAUUAUAAUUAGUGACUUUCCACAUUCACUGAGGAAAGUUUUAUUUUCCUAUGUCUGUUAAUAAAAGCAACCAGGGCACUUGUGUCUUUGAAAAGAUAAA